UCACUGUAGCUUGUGAAAGUACAUAUUAUCCUAUGAAGGGGUUCAUAUGAAAAUGCCACUUCCGCACCCCCGCUCCUGUUCUUCCGUAUGCCAUUCCGAAGACCCGUUGCUCGCUCUGCGUCUCUUGGUGAAAGCGCUACCGUCCCUCUCACCACAUCAACACCGCCUACGCCUACAGGACUACCUAGCCCGUCAACCCCAACGUCGUCCUCCAGCUACUCGUCAGACGGGACAAUCCCGAUUUCAUCCUCUAGCCACUCGUCGGACGGGACCCAGAGCACAAUUCAGCAGACAACGCAAUCAUUAACAAAUCCAUCAUCUUCGCCGACGACACCCGGACAAGCCCCUAGCGUCUCGAUAAGCACGACAAUCUCGUCAUCGUCGGAUGCCACAUCAACUAAUUAUAAGGGGUCAGGGCCGAGUACGGACAUGCCGAAAUCCCCUUCUUCACAAUCACCGAUGAGUACUGGUGAAGGGGGGCAGACGAAUGGUUCAUCGUCAGGCAGCGGAAUCACCACUUUAUCGCCAAAUGGAAGCGAUGGCGGGACAUCUUCUCAAAUCAGUCCUACCACUUCCGGUCCAGUCAUCAGUUCUAGUCUGAGCAACUCGUUAGGUGACCCUAGUCUCUCACUACCGACCUCACUACUUUCGCCACCCACCCCGACCUCCAUACCUCUAUCACUCACACCGACCUCUAUACCUCUACCAUCUGUACCGCCCACCACGGGUUUGCCCACUAUUUUGUCAGGGCAACAGACAACUACCCAGUCAUCUUCACUCACAACUCUGUCAACCGUGGGCAAUCCCACAACUGCUUUCACAUCCAGCUUAUCCGUAGAUGAGCCAUCUGCAACAACAGACACAUAUUUGACCAGUACUUUAUCAGGGAAACAGACAUCCAGCUACCAGUCGACUUCACCGACUCUAGGCAAUCCUAGUACUUCAAGUACUGAUGCAGGGGGAUCGUCUAAGCAAAUAUCAUCAUCGUCUAGUUCAUCGACCCAUAGUGAUUCAGCCACUUCUCCGUCCCCAGAGCCCACUGUUACUUCUCAAACUACCGCAGCUACAUCCGCGCCAAUGACUUCUUCUCAGGAGGGACCUCUUCCAUCUCUGUUGUCGAGUAUACUUCAGCCACUUACAACUCACGAGACCCAUCAGUCAACCCAGUCCUCAGCUACAACUUCAACGACAUCCACUGGUAACUCAAAAUUGCCGUGGUCAUCUAUCGGCCUGCCAUUGCCCAUCACUCCGCUUACCACAGAUAGUCAGACUGGUACCUGGACCACUACGAUUCCGCAAUCCUUGAAAACUCAUUCCUCCGACUCACCAGCUGCUACUGACUCCGACAUCUUCGCAGACCUAUUUCUCCGAGUCACUAAGUACAACGUUACCAACCACGUUCUUCGGAGGCUUGCCGACGACAGUGCCGGGUGCAAAAUCUUCCCUUACACUGCAAUCUCCCAGUGGGCGCCUAACGGAUACUUCAAGCACGACUGUACAUGGUGCCACAGUCCCACCUGCAGGUUUACCUACGACGUCAGGUGUGCAAUCCUCUGGCGAUCCUGUGGGUGACCCGUCUUCCACUGCACAGGGGACCACGGCAACUACUUCCCCCCCUCUCCCUACUGAGUCACCGCCCCAAAUUUUGGAUGGUCAAUCGAGCACCACCACUCCGUUGCCCGUCCCAAGUGGGGAGACCUUGUCUUCGAUCACACAUACUUCGACAAGUGUUUACCUUACUACAUUCG